UAGCUAUAUAUAUUUUUUGUUGAAAAUAUUCAGCUUUAAAAUAAAUAAUUUGAAUUUCUAAAAUAGUCAUUGUAAAAAGUUUUUGAAAAAAGUAGUUUUUACAAAGAUAUAUAUUUUUUCAAUUCUUUCACACAAGUGCUUGUAAAUGAGAUUAUAAUGUUAAUUAGGCUGUAAUGAAUCUAACAUUUUUAAAUCACAACCCUUGUGUCAGAAUUGGCCUUUCAAUGGGAAUCAAUUGUUGUUGUUUUUUUACAAUGAAUCAUAUAGAAAAAUCUUUAAAAAAUGUUUUCUCUUUAAAUGCAGGGUCAACUGCUUAGGCAUUUCAUCCGUAGCAGUGUAUAGUUUUCCACGUCUACUUUUUUAUGACCCUGUGGUCAAAAUAGGCAUUGCCCUUUUGAUCUAAUGAUUCAAUAUAGUCACAUUUAAGAGAACCUUACACAAAUCCAAAUAUCUAGAGCUUAGGUGUUAGUUGUAUAGCAUAUUCUAGUGAACCUUUUAAAUUUGAACAGGUCAUGAAAUACUGUCAAUAUUGACUUCUCGUGCAUUGUAGAAAAGGCCACUACCAAGUUUGAUUAGUGCUUUUCCCGCUGGUCCAAAUUGGACCUACCCACGGGGACUAAGUAACUACUUUAACAUCAUUAAUUUACAGCUUUGAAAUUUGGAAGAUUAGCACAGUUUCAGGUGUAGAUUGAAACUCUGAUAUAAGCCUACAUAGAUUUUUUUAAAGAUUUUUUACAGAUCAUGUGAACUAUUUAACUCUCAUAUAAUAUGGCCUAGAAUUGAUUUAGAUACCUACUUUUAUAUAAAAACUAUAAAAUUUGAGCAUGUGUAAUGUUUAGGAUGCAGGACUGAGUUCGUUAUUUUGAUUAAGUGAUCAUUUUGUAAUUAGAGCUUCAACCUUAAAGUUUGCAAAAUGUUCCUAGAAGUUGAGGAUUAUUUGACACAGAUUUUGACCUCGUGAUUCAUGUUUUUAAUUGUAGCUACAUUUUCGGAAAUUUGGAACAUAUGCACACUCAGUAUUUAUAAGAUACUGAAUUAAAUUUAGUUAUCAGUUUAUAAGUACCGAUUACAAUAAAAAGGCCAAAGUAAUAAAGGUUUUGAUUUAGAAAUGUCUUUUUUUGGUAGCUGAUAAAAUUAUGAUAUGGAUUAUAUAUGCCACUAAAGGAGAUUUUGAAUGAUAAUGUGGAACAUAAAUGUUAAUCUUGUUCAGAGGAAAUGUGUCAUUGUUACAUGUGUAAUGCUUUCAAUGUUAGGUGGGGAGAGCAUACAGUCGCUGCCUUGUCCGUCCGUCCUUCCGUACGUUUGUAUAUCAGCCCUUACAUUUUCGGGGUUCGGUGUGGCUAUGGAAAAAGUGGCUAAAAGCUUAAUAGAAUUAUUGGAAAAUAAUGUAGAAAUGUACAUGUUUUGAGAACAGUAUAGCUUACAAGUGUGACCUAAAUUAUGCAUUUGCUAUCUAUUGAAGGCAUAUGCUUAUGUUACAUAUAGUCAUAAAGCAGACAGGAAAUUGUAAAUGAGAUAUUAUUUAAAAUUCCAAUAAUCUUAGAAUAUGACAAUUGAAACAUUUUAACCAACCGACCUCAUAAUCGAGUUAUCAGCCCUUGAACUUACCUUUGUCGUAUAUCAGGAGCUUUAAAUGACAGAUGACUUAUGAAAAAGUAUGACAAACAUUAAAUUUAUAAUUUUGGUUUUAGAUUUUCAUAUCAUUUUUGGUCAUCCUUGAUCAAAAUACCAAAUUCGAUAAAAUUCCAUUUAUUUUUUGUUUUGUUUUCCCUUUGUUCUGUUUAGGUAUACUGGUUUCCUAGCAGUUUCCGGACACUAACAGUUUUCCGGCCGUUUAUCAUUUUCGUUCAUUUCGGUUUAUUUUUAACUAUAAAGCAUCUAGAAACUUCAUCAAAUCAUACAGACGUUUGUUUUCUAGACAACGCAGCAAAUAAAUAAGAACAGCGGUCUAUUUAUUUUGAGGAAUUGCCGGUUGUUUGUAGCUACUUUACGGAACUUGUCGCAUCACCUAUUAACAACACCUGGGGAUUUCCAGCUUAAAUGCGCAUGCGCAAUAAAUGAGGCCCCAUUCGAGGUAAAUUAAUAUUUACGAACAAUUUACUUGCAGACGAUGUGUGAAAAAAAUUAUUAAAAUAUGAUUCCAGCAUUAAAUAUACAUGUUAAAUUAUUACUAUCACAGAGAAAGAUUCACAGAAAGUCAAAUGAAGUUUUUUACAGCAAGAAUAAAUAAUAUGGCAUAAAAUCGAUGCUAGUUUUACUUUUACGGUUAUAUAUAUAUUACAACCGCACUAUUUCAACAAUCCUUUGUGGCCGCGAGGUAUGAUGACUGGCGUUACACAUUUGCGAUCCGGGUUCGAUCCCAACUGUUGACCUUUUUUUUUUUUUUUUUUUUAUUAUUUAUUUUUAUAGAUCUACAAGCUGUUUGCGCUGAAAUUUGUUUUACAAACUUUAAAAUUUAUUUUAUUUCCGAAAUAAAAAUUAUUAUUAUACAUUACUGGUUAAACGUUUUAGGUAUUAUAAUGCCAAAGACAUACACUGAAGAUCAACUAGCGUCAGCUUUGUCAGCUGUGCGUCAGAGAAAAAUGAAAAUUACAGCGGCUGCUAGAAUAUUCGGAGUACCAAAAUCAACUCUCUCUGACAAAGUUAGACACAAGUACUCGGGAAACAGACCUGGACCAGAAAGGCAACUACUUCAACACGAAGAGGACUCCCUUGUCCAGUAUCUCUUAUACAUGGCGAAUCAAGGCUUUCCACUUUCCAGGGCUAUGAUCAGGUGUUACAUACAAGAGAUAGUUAUACAAUCAGGCCGUACGUCACUAUUUAAUCUCCAAAAAGGACCCUCUGAUGAUUGGUUUACAAAGUUUUUCGGGCGGCAUCCAGAUUUGGCUCAAAGAAAGGCAGAAAACAUGGACAAUGCCCGAGUAUCCAUGUCAUCUACAAGGAUGCUUGACAAUUUUUUUCCUCUUCUCAAGUCUGUUCUUGAUAAAUACAACUUGAAAGACAAACCAGAAAGAAUUUUCAAUUGUGACGAAACUGGAUUUACAGGAAAGGAGGCACCUAGGUCGAAAGUAAUCGGGCCUCGUGGAGGGCAUUUGUUUAGAAGAAAGACAUCUUCAGGAGAUCACGUGACAGCACAUCUUUGUGUCUCAGCAGAUGGACACUUUCUACCACCUCUUAUAAUUUACAAGGGUUCAUUACCUCACCAGAAUUACACAGAUAGUGUACCGUCGUCAUGGUAUUUUGGCCACAGUGAAAACGGCUACAUGGACCGUGAACUUUUCACAAAAUGGUUUUUCAGCGUGUUUGUUCCAAACUGUGGCAGAACAAGACCCGUCCUACUUAUCAUGGAUAACCACGACUCUCAUAUUAGUAUUCCAGUAGUUGAAAAAGCGAUAACUGAAAAUAUUGUUCUUCUUGGUCUCCCUGGUCAUUCCACGCAUAUUCUUCAGCCAUUGGACGUGAACAUUAUAUCACCUUUGAAGGACGCUUACACCAAAACACUGUCAAGUCUUGGAUAUCUAAAAACUGCAGUAAGCGUAGGAAGGGCAAAAUUCCCGGUGUUAUUAAAGCACGCAAUGGACAAAAUAGCUCCUGCAACUAUAGCUGACGGUUUCACGAAAACAGGGAUUUGUCCAUUUAACCCCUCUAUCAUUGAUCAAUCGCAGAUAGUGAAGCCAACAUUUAUUGAAGAAGAAGAUGAGGUAAGGACAUGUAGCACCUGUGGGUCGUUCCUUACCAAUCCAUUGGUAAGGAGAGGCAUGAUAUCAGAGUCUCUGGCAAAUGUUCUUCUACCUCCGCCAACUAAACCACAUAACACACAAGCAAAAAAGUCUAGAGUGGUAACAGAGGGAAGGCUCAUAAGUGGUCAAGAAAUGUUGAAUCAAUUAAAGGAAAAAGAGGACCUAGACGCUAAGAAGAAAGAAGAAUCAGAGAGGAGAAAAAAUGAACAAGAAAGAAAAAGAAAGCAGAAAGAAGUUGAUGAUGAAAUGAGAAAAAAUAAAAGACUGAAAGAGAAGGAAGAAAGGGAAGCUAAAAAGAAGAAAGAAGAAGAACUGAAGAAUGAGAGGAAACAAAAACGUAUAGAGGAACGUGACAGGAAGCAGAAAGAGAAAGAGGAACGGAUAAAAAGAAGGUCAUACACUGAGGAACAGAUCAUGAUUGCAAGUUUGUAUGUAUGUGAUGCUUGUAAAGGGAAGGGUAGCCCGGCUGACGAGGAAAAUGGAAUUCUAUGGUUUGGAUGUGAUGAGGAAACGUGUGGUUUAUGGUUCCACGAAGACUGCUUGACGCAACAGGCCAAAGAAUACUUAUGGGAAAGUAUGGAAAUGGAUGAGGUCUGGUAUUGCCACAGCUGUAAACCAUGGUUGUAUGAAGAAUAGAACUAUGAAACAGGAAGUGUCUGUUAUAUACAUGUUAUAUGUUUAA